AAUGACUGAUAAUAAGCUAUUUAAAACCGAAAUUGACUUCUGUUCGACUUGUGGAACAAUCCUACCCUUACCUGGCCGAGAUCCCACAGUAAAGUGUUACAGAUGUAAGACAGAAGUCGAUGUUGCAGUGUUUAAUACGGUAGAAGCUAAAUCUGAAGGAUUGCACUCAGAAGAUUUUUCUGGGCCUGUAGUUGAUCGUCAAUGCUCUCAAUGUGGUCACGACGGUAUGACAUACGCAACAAGACAAACGAGAUCAGCUGACGAAGGUCAAACAAUAUUUUACAGUUGUCCUCAGUGCAAAUUCCAGGAAAUAGAAAAUUCUUGA